GCGGAGAGAGAUGUCAGUCAAAAUCGUAUGCAGUAAACGGCAAUAGUGCUCAACUAAAACGAUCAAUAUUUCAUAAAUUCUCCUACACUCCGGUGGCAAAACGCGGGAUAACAUUUGGGGCUAGAUUAAAAUCAUCCGGGGUUAGAGCCCCGAAUGAUUGGCCCUAGUGACGCCCCUGGUUAUAUCCACAAUUCUGUUCAACAGUCUCAGUAGUUGUAGUAGUAGGAGGCGCAGGAGCACCGUCAGAAAAGAACGAGUCGGGGCUCUUAUUUUGAAAAUCACGUGGAACGACUAAUGUUGCGUCAUUUCUGUUUGCAUUGUACGCUUAGUGAUUUAGUAUUCGGUACUCCCACGUGGCUACACACAGCAAACUGCUCUUAUAUCAGCGUUCCAAAAAAUCAGAGAAACGUAAGCAACCUUCAAACGAUCUUCACUUGUUGGGUCGAUGCCAAUGGCUACUCAAAGGAUUCCAGAUGAGCUCUUCAGAAAUGAGAAGUUAAUCAAAGAACUGGAGGAAAUUGCUAAAGACUCUGCACUGCUGCAUGGAGUAUUAAUGCGCACCAAAGAAUCACCAAACUCUUCAGAAGUGGUAAGUUAUGCACCAUUCACACUCUUCCCUUCCCCGGUGCCUACAGUACUCUUUAAUCAGGCUCUUGAAGUUGCGACCCAUUUUAAUCGGCUGAUCGACAGAGUCAGUCAGAGUCCACAUUUUCUUGAGGAGGCUCUUGCAAGCACCAUCAAGGUUGACCGUUUCACAGCAAAACUCUUCAAUAUUUACAGACAAGUUCAGCAGGAACCUCAGGACAUGGCAAUAGUGCUGGGCUUGAAUCGCUCCGAUUACAUGAUUGACCAUGCUAAUGGAAAAGAGGCCUUAAAACAGAUUGAACUUAAUACUAUUGCAGCCAGUUUUGGGGGACUUUCCUCACAAACACCAGCUGUUCAUCGGCACAUUCUGAAGGUUGCAGGGCUGUUGAAGGAAAGCAAACUGAUCUUGGAUAAUAAUCCAGCAGCAGGUCUGGCAAAAGGCUUGGCAAUGGCCUGGGAGCUUUAUGGCUCUGAGAGGGCUGUUGUGAUGUUCCUAGUUGAGGACGUUCAGAGGAACAUUUAUGACCACCGAUUUGUAGAGAAUGAGCUUUGGGCGAGAAACAUUCGGGUAAUAAGAAGACAGUUUGAAGAUGUGAGCAGAAGGGGAUUUCUAGACCAGGACAAGAGACUGUUUGUAGAUGGACAAGAGAUUGCUGUUGUUUAUUUCCGUAACGGAUACAUGCCUCAGAAUUACAAAUCGGAACAAAGCUGGGAGGCUCGGUUGAUGAUGGAGCGCUCGUGUGCUGUGAAGUGUCCAGACAUCAGCACCCACCUUGCUGGCACUAAAAAGGUCCAGCAGGAGUUGGCUCGGCCAGGUGUCCUCGAGACCUUCUUUCCUGAUGAGCCCGAAACAGUGGCUCGGAUACGUGCCACUUUUGCCGGCCUUUACUCAUUAGACAUGGGGGAGGACGGGGACAAGAACAUGGCUAUGGCUUUGGCCAAACCAGACCAGUAUGUGUUGAAACCACAGAGAGAAGGAGGAGGGAACAACAUUUAUGGGGACGAGAUCUGCAGUGUGCUGGAGAGCUUGAAGAACAGCACAGAGAGAACCGCCUACAUCUUGAUGGACAAAAUCCAGCCCCAGCCCAUGUAUAACUAUCUUUGCCGAGAGGGGGAGCCAUUGAAGCUGAAGAGAUGCCUCAGUGAACUGGGUGUUUUUGGAGCCUACGUUAGGAGAGGAACAGAGGUUUUGAUGAACGAGUGUGUGGGCCACCUGCUCAGGACAAAGGGUGCAGAACAUGCAGACGGAGGUGUUGCUGCAGGAGUCGCACUGCUCGACAAUCCACUACUGAUUUAAGUCUCAACAUAUCAAGCUGAACUGUACACUGAUAAACAUAUCCAGGUUUCAUUUCUGAAUAGCUACAGUGAGGGGAAAAAAUAAUUAUUUGAUCCCCUGCUGAUUUUGUACGUUUGCUCACUGACAAAGAAAUGAUCAGUCUGUAAUUUUAAUGGUAGGUUUAUCUGAACAGUGAGAGACAGAAUAACAACAAAAAAAAUCCAGAAAAACACAUUUCAAAAAAGUUAUACAUUGAUUUGCAUUUUAUUGAGUGAAAUAAGUAUUUGACCCCUUUGCAAAGCAUGACUUAGUACUUGGUGUCAAACCCUUGUUGACAAUCACAGACGUCAGACAUUUCUUGUAGUUGGCCACCAGGUUUGCACACAUCUCACAUCUCAAGGAAUUUGGGCCCACUCCUCUUUGCAGAUCCUCUCCAAGUCAUUAAGGAUUUGUGGCUGACCCUUCAGCUCCCUCCACAGAUUUUCUAUGGGAUUAAGGUCUGGAGACUGGCUAGGCCACUACAGGACCUUAAUGUGCUUCUUUUUGAACCACUCCUUUGUUGCCUUGGCCGUGUGUUUUGGGUCAUUGUCAGGCUGGAAUAUCCAUCCACAACCCAUUUUCAAUGCCCUGGCUGAGGGAAGGAGGUUCUCACUCAAGAUUUAACGGUACAUGGCCCCGUCCAUCGUCCCUUUGAUGCGGUGCAGUUGUCCUGUCACCUGGAGAUGGUGUACUUGGAGUCAUAGGCAGCAUUCCUCCUCCUCCAAACACGGCGAGUUGAGUUGAUGCCAAAGAGCUGGAUUUUGGUCUCAUUUAACCACAACACUUUCACCCAGUUCUCCUCUGAAUCAUUCAGAUGUUCACUGGCAAACUUCAGAUGAGCCUGUACAUGUGCUUUCUUUAGCAGGGGGACCUUGCGGGCGCUACUGGAUUUCAGUCUUUCACAGCAUAGUGUGUUACCAAUUGUUUUCUUGGUGACUAUGGUCCCAGCUGCCUUGAGAUCACUGACAAAAUCCUCCAGUGUAAUUCUGGGCUGAUUCCUCGCCGUUCUCAUGAUCAUUGAAACUCCAUGAGGUGAGAUCUUGCAUGGAGCCCCAGACCGAGGAAGAUUGACAGUCCUUUUGUGUUUCUUCCAUUUGGGAAUAAUCGCACCAACUGUUGUCACCUUCUCACCAAGCUGCUUGGCGAUGGUCUUGUAGCUCAUUCCAGCCUUGUGUAGGUCUACAAUCUUGUCCCUGACAUCCAUGGACAGCUCUUUGGUCUUGGCCAUGAUGGAGAGUUUGGAAUCUGAUUGAUUGCUUCCUUCUGUGGACAGGUGUCUUUCAUACAGGUAACAAGGUCCCCCGAGAGUGCUCCUACUGUAAUCUCAGCUCCUUACCUGUAUAAAAGACACCUGGAGCCAGAAAUCUUUCUGAUUGAUAGGGGAUCAAAUAUUUAUUUCACUCAUUAAAAUGCAAAUCAAUGUAGAACUUUUCUGAAAUGCGUUUUUCUGGAUUUUUUUUGUUGUUAUUCUGUCUCUCACUGUUCAGAUACUCCUACCAUUAAAAUUACAGACUGAUCAUUUCUUUGUCAGUGGGCAAACGUACAAAAUCAGCAGGGGAUCAAAUAAUUUUUUCCCUCACUGUAGUUUUAUUUUAUAUUUAUUCCACUCUCAGCACAUGGUAGGAGAAAAUAUACUUGAUUCAUUAAGGCUUGUUCUUAGGUUAUACAUUCCCUAUGAAGAUGGUGCUCAAGAAAUUCUGUACUUCACUGCUUUCAUUUUGUAUAAAAUGAUCCUUGUCCUAAAAAAUGCCUUUUGCUGAUCACAACUCUCUACGAUUGGCAGUGUUGACCCGAGUGUUAGCAACUCAGCCUUGGAUGAUUCAAAAAUGCAAAUUCCAGUAAGCCAUCUCAGAGAAAUUAGGACUCUCUCAUUGUACAUUUCCAAGUUUGGGAAAACACUGGUUUUCAUUUAUAGAAAAUGUAUUUUAUAAGACCUGUGAAUGAUAUUUUGUCAAAAUAUUAUACUUACUAUAUCCAGCAUUUAAAUGAAUGAAAUCAGAAACAAAUCUAAAUUUGCAUUUGUUAUAUAUCAAUGCCAGUGUUUUGGUAGAACAUGUACUUUAUCCAAAUAAUGAUUUUCUUUUUUCUCAUUUCAAACAGUGUAAACUUGCAUCAUGUAGGAAAGAAAACCAUGUAAUUUAAUGAAAAAUACUAAAAUGAUAUGCUUAAUGCGAUGUUGUAGAAAAGAUGAUGGAAAGUUAAAGCUGCACUCUGUGAGAUUUGAACACUGUGUUCUGUUUACUAUAAAAUAUUGUACUCACA